AUGAAGGGACUCCUGGCGUUAUUGGGACUUCUGGCUGCAACAACCUCGCCCGCUACUGCGGCAGCUAUAUCAUUCCACAACGCAGCUCUUACGCAGACAAACCGCAAUUGUGACGGUUCUGUCAUCGAUCCUCAACUGACAAAGACCUUCGGCACCGUCGAACUUACUCGAGCUGGAAAUCAGCUUGUCGCGGUUGCUGUUCUUUUAGGGGGAACCCCUAACAAAGCUUACAAUGUUCGCUUGAUUCAGAUCAAGAACGGAGCAGACGUGGACUGUGGGAAGUGCGACUCUGGGGGUGGAACAUUGACGACGAACAACCGAGGCAUUGGAAGCACUUAUGUUCGACAGGCGGUGGCCCCGGGUGUGACAGCGGCGUGGGUGGACCUGAACCAAAAGGACAACUGUGACAAUUUCUAUACCAUUGCGCCGCUGUCAAUUGCUUAA